AAGUAUUUUUACAAAGUCAAAAGUAUUUUUACACAGUCAAAAGUAUUUUUACAAAGCCAAAAGUAUUUUUACAAAGUCAAAAGUAUUUUUACAAAUUUAAAAGUAUUUUUACAAAGUCAAAAGUAUUUUUACAAAGUCAAAAGUAUUUUUACAAAUUUAAAAGUAUUUCUACAAAGUCAAAAGUAUUUUUACAAAGUCAAAAGUAUUUUUACAAAGUCAAAAGUAUUUUUACAAAGUCAAAAGUAUUUUUACAAAUUUAAAAGUAUUUUUACAAAGUCAAAAGUAUUUUUACAAAGUCAAAAGUAUUUUUACAAAUUUAAAAGUAUUUCUACAAAGUCAAAAUUAUUUUUACAAAGUCAAAAGUAUUUUUACAAAGUCAAAAGUAUUUUUACAAAGUCAAAAGUAUUUUUACAAAUUUAA